CAAUCAAGGAAAGUAUCGCAAUUAUAUUAUGCUUGACAAGUUGAAACUGACAAAGUAACAAACACAUCAACACCAUGACUACCACCAACGGCCCAUCCAAACUCGUCCCAGAACAGCUAUUUCACACUGUUCUCACCGUAAUCGACUACUCCCACGACGCCUCCGGCGCCAACCGCACGCUAUUCGUCCUCAAAACCCACGGCACCCUCGCCGCAGCAAAGAAAUACGCCAGCCACGCCCUAGAAGCCGUCAACUUCACAGCCGAGGACUUUGAAGUCUAUCGCAUCCGCGCCGACGAAGACCCAGCCAAGCCCUGGACCCACGGCGACGGUGUGCUGGUUUUCGCUCGCUCCUUUGAUGGGCAAGAGUUUCUCGUGGGAAUCGACACUACUCCAAACAACGAGGCUUUGACUGCAACCUCGGAUGGAGAGAUAGUGCUGCCCGAGGGCGCAAAGUUCCUGCACUACCUUUUGCAGAUUACGGUGGACUACAACGCCGAUCGCAGCGGCAGCUUGCAGACCACGGAAAUCGAAGGGACCUAUGUCCAUCGUGCGGAUGCGUGGACGGCUGCGCAUGUGUCUCUCGAUCCAGCAGAGUAUGCAGAGUUUGAUCGUCGGGGCGACGCACAAUUUGUUGAAGAAUGGCCCUUUGGCGAAGAUGUUGCGGUUCAUGCCGUUUCUGAGACUGGACAAAACUAUUUUAUUGCGGUGAAAAGGCCCCCCGAGCAGAAGCACGAGGUAAAGCCUCACUCGCUGAAAAAAUAGUCUUCAUGUCUAUUGCAUUUAUUUUGAGGAAGUAAGGACUUUGUCUACUGUAUACUGGCUAUGCUGUGACUUUCCGAUGUUGUUUUAAUCAAUUCAAAGCUGUACAUUACUGUCUCUAAAGAUUUGGGCUACAGAUCUAGUAACUAUAAUUAUAAC